AUGUUGCUCUCUGAGCUGCUGAUGGAGAUGGUGCUCUCUCACCUGUUGAUAGAGAUGAUGCUGUCCGAGUUGUUGAUGGAGAUGGUGCUCUCGGAGCUGCUGAUGGAGAUGGUGCUCUCUGAGCUGUUGAUGGAGAUGAUGCUGUCCGAGUUGUUGAUGGUGAUGGUGCACUCUGAGCUGUUGAUGGUGAUGGUGCUCUCUGAGCUGUUGAUGGAGAAGGUGCUCUCGGAGCUGCUGAUUGAGAUGGUUCUCUCUGAGCUGCUGAUGGAGAUGGUGCUCUCUGAGCCGAUGGAGAUUCUGCUCUCUGUGCUGUUGAUGGAGAUGGUGCUCUCUGAACUGUUGAUGGAGAUGAUGCUCUCUGAGCUGCUGAUGGAGAUGGUGCCUUUGAGCUGCUGA